AUGAAUAAAAGAACAUCUUCGAAAAUAUAUUGGACUUGUAAAACCAAGAAUUUUACAGCCAAGGCUCAAACUGAUCCAAGUAAUAAUUUAUUGGGCCUGAAUGAGGAACAUAAAGAUCUCAUUCAACCAGGACAUACUGAAAUUCAAUCGUUUCGAAAAAUUCUCGAAAAUCGCGUUAUGAACGAAACGAUGUCAAUAACAAAAAUAUAUGAUAAAGAAAUUGCUAAAGCUCAAUAUUC